GGUGCAUUAAUGGCUGUGUUUAGUAGCCAGCUAGUGGAAGUAAGUUAACCGUAGUCUCUCAACCUGCUACAAAACGAAGUCCCCAGCCCAGAGGUACCUGCUGCAGAAAGCCCCAGUUGUCAAAAUAUAUUGCAAGAAAUUGAGUGAGAACGCCACGCAGUGCGCACUUAAAACCACAGAACCACCACUGCAAUACAGACCUACACUCAGAAUAAAAGGACUGGCUGAAGUGAAAGUGACAUCUUGAGUGGUGUAAGCACAGAGACUAAACAUGUCAGACGUAGAGGACAUGGAUACAUCAACCACAGAGAUGAACAGAAACAAUGAAGUCUCUGGACCAGAACAGCAACGGCUCCAUGACCUUUCGCAAAUACAGAUUUGUGUGCCCACAGGAACAUCCAGUGGCCCUGUAACAGUGAUACAGUCACAGCCUCAACGGUCUAGUGUUUCUCAAAGUGCUUUUACUUAUAAGGCAGAAACAUCCGAGGACGUGUCUGAAGACGCAAGUUCAUCAGCCCGAGAUACUGCCGAUCGGUACUCUGAGACUUUUGGAGGAGGGACACCUUCAGCAACCUGUGUUAAUUUCCCAAGCUCUGAUAAUGACCCAGACCUGUAUCAAGCAGAUAAUGACUUUAAGGUGAAGCAUCCUUCAGCACCCCUGUAUGACCCCAGACACUAUGGCAAUCCUCAGUUAUCCUCUUCCAAAGAGAUGAGUGUGGAUUCUCCUGCUGAAGGAGAUAAUGGCUCUGCUAGAAACAAACAAUCACAGCGAGAUCAGCAUUCUCCCAUCAACCCCCAAAGCACUCAUGAUGUGGACCCAGACCUGUAUCAAGCACCCCUGUAUGACCCCAGACACUUUGGCAAUCCUCAGUCAUCUUCUUCCAAAGAGAUGAGUGUGGAUUCUCCUGCUGAAGGAGAUAAUGGCUCUGCUAGAAACAAACAAUCACAGCGAGAUCAGCAUUCUCCCAUCAACCCCCAAAGCACUCAUGAUGUGGACCUGAAUCGGGCAAAGGACGAGACCGAGGAAAAGCAGAACACUGGACCUUUAGAUGAGGCUACAGUCUAUGUCAGUGUGGAGUGGCCUGGGAAAGCAAUAUUGUCAUGGAAGUCUACACUUCAAAAAAGUCUCCAGUCGUGGUUGAAUAAUAACUUUAAAGAAACAGAAUGCACCGUGGAAAGGCUGAACGGAAACUUGGCAGAAGUCAAGAUACAUCCCCCAUCAGUCAUUGAGGACCUUCUGAAGCGGAAGGAAACACAGGUGACCUUCAAAGACAAGGCCAAGACAUCAGCCACUGUGCGGUUUCACAGGGCUAUACCACCAGCAUGUAAACCCUGGUUUCAAUCAAACAGUAAUCUCAGCUCAAUGGAAGUCUUGCCUCCAACAUCUGCACACAUGCCACAGGAUGUCAAACUCCCAAUAACUGUAAGUGCUAGCAUUGACAUCGGUGGCUACAAACCUGAAGUACGGGCUGCCCUUCUCCGUCAUUACCACACCACCGAUCACAAGUUGGCUGUAAAAGGGAGCUUUGAUGAAGUGAACCAGUUCUACAGAGAGUUGACCAAGAUCGUCAGGGAAGCGGAAACCGAGCCAGAAGCGGAUUGGAACGAUAAUGCAGAAGCGGCACAAAGCAUGACUCACAAUGGAAUGAAGACCCAUGAAGACCCUGGGCAGAAGGAAAUUAGCUUUCCAGUCCCACUGAUCCACUUUGUGUACUUGAAUCAGGCCUACCGGAAGGAGAUGGAGGACAUAGAGAAAAGAAAUGGAGUCAAAAUCAAUGCAGAAGUGAAGGUGUCCAUCAAAGAGGACACACAGAAAACAGGCAGAGAUUUUAUGCUGACCAAAGCCCACCAGGAGUUCAGUGACCUCUUCCAGAAGUGUGUAGUUGAUUUGGACAGCAUUUCCACCCAUCUGACACCUGGGGAUCCAGGAGACCUCAUGAAUACGCUGAAAAACAUCCAGAAUGAGGAGACCAGGCUGGUACUAAAUUUGUCUGCCAAUGGCUGCGUUGUGUUUGGGCCGGCUCAGGCCAUCAUGGCAGUCGGGAAGGCUUUUGGGAUGAAGACUACAGUAAUGACAUUUGGAAUGGAUCACAGCUCCACAGAGAAAGCAUCUGGAUUUGCUGGAGGACCUGUUUUGAGAUCUCCAAAAACACCACGGAUGAUUGGGAUGGACAUCAAAGAUCCACUUUUGUCACAUGGGCUGGCCAUGGACCAGACUCACUGGGAUCUAAUGAAAUCUGCCUUUCAUGAGAAAAUAACAGCAAUGAAAAAUAAAUUUGGAGUGGAUUUCAUGGAGGAAAAGUCUCCAGGCAAGGUAAAAAUUAAAACCAGACCUACAACAUCACACAAUCCACAGGCAGUCUCCCUGGAAAGCCACGCCAUCAGAGCUCUGAUGCACUUCUACCAGAAGGUUGCGACAUCAGCGAUGAGCUGCCACCUGCUGGACCCUACCCAUGCAAAGACUGUGGGGGACAAGCUGGAGGAGAUCCACCCUCGACACCGCUGUGUCUGGGCAGGAGAAAACUAUGGUCCCUGGAGGCUGAUCGGCCUACCGCAACAUUUGGGCCCUGCUGUCAAAGAGCUAGAGAUGAUGCUGAAAAUGCCUAUGUUUAAAGAAGAAGACAAGCACAAGAUUGAGUAUCCUGGAGACAGAUCCAGCACUGGAGCAGCCACCGGGGGAGCAGUCGGAGAUGGAGGAGCCACAGGAGGGCCUGAAGAUGAUAAUUGCUCCAUAUGCAUGGACAGAUUUAUCAACAAGACGAAGUUGUCCUGCAGCCAUGAGUUUUGUACAGAUUGUCUGAGGAAGGCAGUGGAAUUCUCAGGCCCCAGCUGUCCUUUGUGUAAGGAUAUGUUUGGAAAGGUGGAGGGAGACCAGCCUGAGGGAACAAUGAAAGUGAAACAUGAAAGUUACCCGUGCAUACCUGGAUACCGUGGCUAUGGCAUGAUAGUUAUCAACUAUGAUAUACCAAGUGGAAAACAGACAAAGAAACAUUCCAACCCUGGAAAAGGGUUCAUUGGGACCCAUAGAAUAGCUUAUCUCCCUGACAACCAGGAGGGCAACGAAGUGCUGAAGUUACUGGAGAGAGCUUUCGACCAGAAGCUGAUUUUCACAGUUGGGACCUCCAGAACCACUGGGACAGACGACUGUGUGACAUGGAACGACAUUCACCACAAGACCAACAUCGAUGGAGGGGCACAAGGUUUUGGUUACCCUGACCCUGACUACCUGAGCAGAGUGAAGAAUGAGCUGAAAGCCAAAGGCAUUGAAUGAAGACAGUCUUGAAAAUAGAACAGACUAGUUCAGUUGAGAUUUUAAACUGUUUAGAAUAGAUGCCUCUUAAAGAGUUGAUCCAUAAUAACAGUACACUUUCUAAUCAAACCGGGAUGGGACAUGUAUUCUAUGAAAUCAAGAUGUUUGUUGAUUUAAUAUGCCAUAUUUACAAUAUCAUUGUAACCUCAGUGUGGGUUGUUUUGACUAAACUAAUGUACUACAAUAAUCUUUGAGAAUAGUUGUGUGUCUGGAACCAUUUUGAUCAAGAUAAAAAAAAAUUAACCAUACAUUUGUCUAAACAAAUGGAAACUUUUGGUUUAGUUUUGAUUGGUGUACAAAUAGUUCAUAAGAUGCUUGAAUGCAGGGUGACAUGUAAAGCUAUGACAAAAAUACAUGUAUUGAAUGAAUAGAACUAAGGAACAUAAAAAGCACUGACAGAAUUAUCAAACAAUUAUACAGAAUAGUUUGCCUAAUGACAAACUGAGCUUUUUUCUACAUACUUCAGACUUAGAAAGAACUGCCAUUGUUUUUUGGGGUGAAGUCUAAAUGAGGGAUGUUGUACAAAACAAAGUGAUCAGCUUUAGCUCCGCCCGCACGCUGGUGAGUUUUUCACUUUAUUGCGGAAACUAACGUCCGUGGCACAGCGUUCGGCCGGAGCAGGGAGUUUGGGUAGCCAGGCAAUAGAAUAGUAACAUUGAGUGGAAACAACUUCAAUAUAUUAUAAUUACCAGUUGGUGAGCUCUCAUUAGAUAAAGAUACUUGCUGGAACUGAAAAGCUUGGUUCAGUGCUCACUUAUGAAGGACACGUGUUAUUGUGUGUGAUAAACAAGGGUGAGCGUUCGAGUUUAAGUUUGCUUUGAAUUUUGUUUGAUGAUUGGCAAUGGGAAUAAAACACAUUAGAGAGUGAUCUCA